CAAGAGGUCACUGAUCCUUUGUGGGUCCUGGGAAUGAGCACAUUAUCCAGUCCCAGAACCUCCUGCCCCACACUGCUUCCUGCCCUGGACUCCCCAGGCAGGGUCCAAGGCUACCCUGGGUCUGUCACGGCCUCCCCUCCCCAUGCUCACCCACUUCUCCAUUGCCAAGAAGGUCAGCUCAGCAGUGACUUGUAUUUUGAUCCCCUGGGAGCAGGAUCAGAGUUGGGGAAAGAGGAAGAACGACACCUCCCAUAUCUGUUUUCCAUCCUGUCCAAAUAUUCUUCCCCCGAGUCCCAGCUCCAUCUAGAGGACUAGGAAGUGGCUGAUUGGGAAGUGAUGUAUGGCACAGCAAGCCCUUCUAUGCCUCCGCUGGUCCCCGAUACACCCAAGUUGGGAGCUAACCCUUCUCUUACCUCGCACACUGUCCAGUGAGGCCUGGAUGCUGUCCCGAAGUUCAGGAUCGCCCACCCUCUCUGCCAGCUUCCUUAGGCGGCUUAGAGACUGCUUGGCCACCUCGUGUCGCCUGACUUCUGCUCUCACUGCAGCGACAGCCAACUGCCUCUGGGCAUGCAUGUUGCCCAGACCUGUCUUGCCAGGCUAACAGCAACCUCUGGCCUUGAAGCCCAUGGCCCCGCAGUCCUCAAAAAACAGAAGGCCCCUUCUGCUGUGCCCCAGAACUCUGCGCUCCUGCCCGCCCUUCCGUCUGUCGGCCUCACUUCCUGACUGACCUCUCCCUUGGCCUUUUUUUUUGUAAGCCCUGGAUCAGGCACGUGCUCUGAAGAUACCGAGCACACGCAUGUCUGCGCUUGUGGCUUUGUCAUGCACAGGAAUGCCCUGGCUCGAAGAAGCUGUUCUUCACACUGAAUUUCUAGCAUAUUCACACCCAGUUAGGAGGGGAUAUGGAAGAAGAAAUGUGUACUAGCGGACACACCUGCAAAUGUGUGACGGCUUGUUGGAUGUUACUGUGCCCAACCCGGGCGAAAUAGCUCGAUGUUGUGCUCCUCUGGGUGUUCCCGAGCGUGAUGCAAUAACAACAAACAACGGCGUCAUCAUGAGAUCACUGCGGGACAAGGGGAAAGGGGCGGGAAAGAGCGCUCCCUCGAGGGGAGGAGCCCUUUCACCCUGCCCUCGAAGCCGCACCUCUCCCUCUUCCACUGGGUUUCUCCUGAGCCUCCUCCCUCGGAUUAGCUCUCUUCCAGCGGCGGCCACUGAAAGCUCCGGUUUCAAUCCGGGGAAGUUUAGGCUUUGCUCCUUAUGAGAAUCUAUGGAAGCCCUACCCCCAGUUUAAGUUUCAGCCAAUAAAGAACCUAAAGGAGGGGCCGGCAGGCGGGUCAGUGACGCAAUGCAGACUGAUUGGCAUUCAGGCCACCGACGUCCUGGAUUAGCCCUGAGUUUCGCCAAUCCAGAGGCAGGGGUGGGACGGUGCAGGCGCAGAGGACUGGGUUUGGCUGGACUCGAUUUAAAGAGACAGAAGCUGUCGGGGUCCAAGAAGACGGUCCCCAAGAACCUCCCCCCAAGUCCUUGGGACCACUUGGGUCCCCAAAGCUGGGGAGAUGGUUUGCGGUGGCUUUGCCUGCUCCAAGAAUGCCCUGUGCGCUCUCAACGUGGUCUACAUGCUGGUAGGCUUGUUGCUCAUUGGAGUGGCUGCUUGGGGUAAGGGUCUGGGUCUGGUGUCCAGCAUCCACAUCAUCGGAGGAGUCAUUGCUGUGGGAGUCUUCCUUCUUCUCAUCGCGGUGGCUGGACUGGUGGGUGCUGUCAACCACCACCAAGUACUGCUAUUCUUCUACAUGAUCAUCCUUGGGUUGGUCUUCAUCUUCCAGUUUGGAAUCUCUUGCUCAUGUCUGGCUAUUAACCGAAGCAAACAGACAGAUGUCAUUAAUGCUUCUUGGUGGGUCAUGAGCAACAAGACCCGGGAUGAACUGGAAAGAAGUUUUGAUUGUUGUGGCUUGUUCAACCUCACAACCCUGUAUCAACAGGAUUACGCUUUCUGCACUGCAAUCUGUAAGAGCCGGAGCUCCACGUGCCAGAUGUGUGGAGAAAAGUUUCUUAAGCAUUCAGACAAAGCCCUGAAAAUCCUGGGGGGUGUUGGACUCUUCUUUAGCUUUACAGAGAUUCUUGGUGUUUGGCUAGCAAUGAGAUUUCGGAAUCAGAAGGAUCCUCGAGCUAACCCCAGUGCCUUUCUAUAAGACUCUAGAUCCUUCUGACUUUUCUCCUGCUCUCUAUCCUCCCUAAGCUUUUUUUCCUCCCUUAGGGAAAACCUAGGGUCUGUAGCCCUUUUUGUUUGAGAAAAAGGAAAGGCCCUUUGCCACAUCCCCCAAAGAUGACUGAACAGCCAGGCUGUAUGCCUUGACAUGUUUAGUGGGAGCAAGAUCAUAAGGAAUAAAGAACAACUUCCUCCCUCUCUCCCUAAGUGGAUAUGGGAAGCUCCUGGGAGUGCAUGAGAUGGGAUGGGGGUUGGAGUCAUUCCUGGCUCUGUUUCCCCGCUUUUCCCUUCCACAUGCCAGACCACCUCAACACAUCCUGGCCUGGCUCCAAGGGUAAAUCAGGGAUGGAACCAGGGAAAAAACCACCAAGAACUCUUUCUUACACUAAGCAGGACCCGGUGUGGGGAAGUUCAGUGAAUAUAAAAAUAAAAGCCACUUAAACUCCA